AUGCAUUUCUCAUUCCUCCGAGUCGUCGCAGUCGUUGCAGCUUUGACAAGAUCUAUGUCUGUCACCGCACAGCUCUGUGGGACCGUAGGCAAUGCUUGUGGCAAGAGCAGCCCGGAAGGCACCGUAUGCUGCGGUGACCUUCUCUGUAACCCUGCUGUGAGUAUGAGUCGUUCGCUUUGCAUCCGAAAUUCAACCCCACGACUCACCUUUGCGCCUUGUACCAGCCCGGAAGUUCUUCCACGUACUGCGCGAAACCUUGAAAGUCCAGAUGAGCUUGGCAGACUGAGCAUGUCACAAUAGUGAGUCUUAUCUCUUUCGUGUUUGCACAGUGCUUGAUCGCACGAUAUAC